UCUGCUACCUGAAUGGAAAAACUUUUACAUUUCGUUUAUUAUUCUAUUUAUAUUCAUUAUAACUUUGCUUUGUGUCCGUUUACAGAAAACGCCUGAUAGAUAUACUGUGCUACACAUGCUGCAAGUGUCCUUUCUCACUCGUGGACGUAGCAGAAUUCUAUGCUCUGCACUGCCUGAUACAGCUGGGCUUGCGGGUUGACAGCGAAGCAGGUAUUACAGUGGGUUUUGCUACUUAAUAAUCUAAUGUAAAGGUUUUUAGAAAGAAAGAAAGAAAGAAAGAAAGAAAGAAAGAAAGAAAGAAAGAAAGAAAGAAAGAAAGAAAGAAAGAAAGAUCGCAGCUCGCAGCAAUGAAUUGUGCUCCUAUUUUCUAAAGCCUAUGGGAUCUCUGGAGAAAUAUCCCUCUGCUUUGAGCAGAGCAGUCCAGGAAUGUCGGCUUCGGCGGGCGACACGAUCUGAAACAUGACGGCCACAGAAUCGACCAGAGACGGCAGGAAGGAUUUGCUGUCGCGAAUGCUCACCGCUGGUGUGCUUGCCUUGCUCAUUCUUUGGACUCUGCUCGGGAAUGUCCUAGUGUGCACCGCGGUGAUCAGGUUCAGGCAUCUACGAACUAAGGUGACAAACAUUUUCAUUGUGUCUUUGGCCGUCUCGGAUUUACUUGUGGCUGUUCUGGUGAUGCCCUGGAAAGCUGUGGCAGAGGUCGUUGGAUACUGGCCAUUUGGCACCUUCUGCAAUGUCUGGGUAGCUUUCGACAUAAUGUGCUCUACUGCAUCUAUUCUGAAUCUCUGUGUUAUUAGCGUGGACAGGUACUGGGCUAUUUCCAGCCCAUUCAGAUACGAAAGGAAAAUGACUCAGAGGGUCGCUUUUAUAAUGAUCAGUGCAACGUGGUCAUUAUCUGUGCUUAUUUCAUUCUUACCCGUACAACUCAACUGGCAUAAAGCAAUCCUCGAAGCAGGUGGAGCGAACAAUACAGAUUUGAACAAGGCGGAAAACUGUGACUCUAGCCUGAACAGAACAUAUGCAAUAUCCUCGUCUUUGAUUAGCUUUUAUAUCCCCGUGGCUAUCAUGAUCGUAACUUACACUCGAAUUUACAGGAUCGCUCAGUUGCAGAUAAGGAGGAUCUCCACACUUGAAAGAGCAGCUGAACACGCUCAGAGUUGCCGUAGCAACAGAUUAGAAUAUCAGCAACACAGCACGCUGAAAACUUCAAUUAAAAAGGAGACCAAAGUUUUCAAAACUCUCUCCGUGAUCAUGGGGGUAUUCGUCUGCUGUUGGUUACCUUUCUUCAUUUUAAACUGCAUUGUUCCUUUCUGUGACCGGACGGCUAGUCACAGCGCCACUAGUCUCCCGUGUGUCAGUGAAACCACCUUUGAUGUAUUUGUGUGGUUUGGCUGGACCAACUCUUCUCUGAACCCCAUCAUUUACGCAUUUAACGCCGACUUUAGAAAAGCUUUCUCCAGCCUCCUGGGCUGUCGCGAUUUUUGCUCAACAGCAGUGGAAACCGUGAACAUAAGCAACGAGCUGGUGUCUUACAACCAGGACACGGUUUUCCACAAAGAGAUUGUGACAGCUUAUGUCAACAUGAUCCCUAAUGUGGUGGACUACAUAGACGACAAUGAAGACAAUUUCGAUAGAAUAUCUCAGCUUUCUCAAAAUCAGGAAAUGGCAUCCGAUUCCGUUUGCGAUCUGGAGGACUGCGAAGCGGACAUCUGCCUGGAGAGAAUAUCCACUUUCACCCCUAAUGGUUUGCAUUAACAGUUAAUUAAUGCUAAAAGAUAUCGAAUGUAAUUUAUGAUACGAGCACACACACACACACACUUUCCGCCCAGAAGGGGUUGCCAGCUUUAAGGCGAGACCGCGCCCAUUUAAAGGGCACUGUGAGACAGAGGGGCGAACGAGGUAUGGCGCCUUCUCUCUUCACACUUUCAGAGGUUGGGAAGCUGUAUUCCGAUUUUAAUAGUGAAACGACAAAGACCAGGAAGGAUAUUUGCAAUAAUACAACAUUUCCAAAUACAAGUUUUAUUCGUUUGACACUCAGAUAGUAGAAUAAUAGAAAUCACUUUGUUUCAUUUAUUUCAUAAAUGUGACUCAAACUGGUGUGUGCAAACAUACAAUUUGGGUUAUUGUUUUACAGUCGUAUUUCCUCUAAUUUAAUCAACGGGUCAAUCUUUCACCAGCUUAUAUAUUUUUUCAAGUCUUUUGUGAUUCAUUUUGAAAGACGCAUAAAAACUGAUCCGCUGAGCAACUCUGCAGCGUGUAUUUUGAAACAAACAAGAAUCUCAGAAAUAAGUUUUACACAAUGCAGUAGUCUGACUUGCCAUUAAUAUGUUUUAAACUGCAGGAAAAAAGAAACGAACGAUUUCACAUCGCUAAGUUAUUCUGUGUCUUUGCGCCUGAUAAUGCCACCUCCGUCUAUAAACGAGUUCGAAAACUAAUGGACGACUUUGCUAUAAAGUUG